AUGGGAGUUACAGAUGUUGAAAAUGUUGCAAAAAACCUGUCUGAGGCUAGUGACAGGUUGAACUCUGUUGAUGUCAAGUACCAGAUCUGGAAGCUGGGGGUUGUGUUCACAGACAAUUCCUUCCUGUAUCUGGCCUGGUAUAUGACCAUGUCCAUUCUGGGUCACUAUAACAACUUCUUCUUUGCUGCCCAUCUACUGGACAUUGCCAUGGGUUUUAAGACACUGCGUACCAUUCUCUCCUCAGUCACACACAAUGGCAAACAGCUAGUGUUAACUGUUGGCCUAUUAGCAGUGGUGGUGUACCUCUACACAGUAGUGGCCUUCAACUUUUUCAGGAAGUUCUACAACAAGAGUGAAGAUGGAGAACUGCCAGAUAUGAAGUGUGAUGACAUGCUGACAGUCAGUGUGAGUCAGGGGUGA